AUGUCAUCAAGUAAAGAAAGAGUACCACAAGUAAGGAACCCAACUUUACCCUCUCAAACUACCCCAGAACAGAGGUAUUGGAGGGGAUUUUCAAAUCCGCAAUUAGUUAAAGAGAAUUAUCCGAUCACCAGUAUCGAUUUCAACCCAGUAUCUCCAAAUGAUUUUGCUGUAACUUCUUCGACCAGGAUUCAGGUUUUUUCAUCAAAGACAAGACAGGUUAUAAAGACAUUUUCUAGAUUCAAGGACACAGUUUAUUCUGGUCAAUAUAGGUAUGAUGGAAAAUUGCUUGUAGCAGCAGAUGCUAGUGGUUUAGUGACAAUUUUUGAUAGCUACCAACCUCGUUCAUUAUUGGUUAGUUUGAAUCCAUCGAGUCAUCCAACCCAUGUUGCUAAAUUCCACCCAACUAUUGGAAAUCAAUUAAUCACUGGAUCAGAUGACAGAAUAGUCAGAUUAUACGAUAUUUCGCAAACCACAAAGGGCCCAAUAACGGAAUUCAAUGAUUCCUACCAUGGUGAUUAUAUAAGAAGUGCAAAUUUCAUUCCAGGGAAUCCAAAUUUGAUCACAACUGGGUGUUAUGAUGGUAUAGUGAGAAUUUUUGAUACCAGACAACAACAGGUCGUAGCUAAAUUCAAUCAAGGAAAUCCAGUUGAGGAUCUUUUGGCAUUGUCACCAACUACAUUAGUGAGUGCUGGUGGUCCACAAGUUAAAAUAUGGGACUUAACUAGAGGUUCGCAGAUCAAUGAAUUGAAUAACUUCACUAAGACCGCCACAACAUUACAUAACACGGGUGAUAGAGGAUUACUCGUUGGAUCAUUAGAUGGUCAUGUUAAGAUAUUCGACUCAAGCUCAUCUAAUUGGGAUGUCAAGUUUGGAUGGAAAUUCGGAAGUGGUGGUGUUUUGAGUUGUGGUGUUUCUCCUUCUCCUAAUCACAAGCAUUUCGUUACUGGUUUGACAUCAGGUUUGAUAUCUAUCCGUACCAGAAAGACUGAGCCUAAGGUUAAACAAGGUGUUAAGGAGUAUAAGUCUAAUGCGUACAAUAAAAUGAUGAGAGGUUCUGAUUACUUAGGUGAAGAAGAACACCGUAUCAUUAAUUCUGCUACUACUCAAACUAAGAAAUUAAAGCAAUUCGAGAAGCAUUUAAAUGCCUUCAGAUGGUCGGAAGCAUUGGAUAGUGCCUUCGCAACGGGUUUACCUAAAGAACAAACUGUUACUGUAUUAAAUGAAUUGAAGAAGAGAGGGAAAAUCAGAAUUUCAUUGUAUGGUAGGGAUGAGAUAUCAUUAUUGCCAAUUUUGCAAUGGUUUAUUAAAAAUUUAGAAGACGUAAGAUCUAUUAAUUUAAUUUGUGAUUUUAUUGGUGUGAUGUUGGAAAUGUAUGGGACAUUAAUCGAUAAGAGUGCCGUGUUAGAAGAGAGCUUUGCAACUUUAUUGAAAAGAAUUAAUAUUGAAAUUAAAAAGUGUAAAGAAGCUAAUGAAAUAGGCGGUAUGCUAGAACUUUUAACAGUUUAA